CUCCCGGGACCGCUGCUGCGACCACACGUCGCGCUUCCACCGACAACUAUCGACCUAUCGACACGUGCAAAGCGCAACCCUAUUUUGUUAUUCCAAUUUAAAAUUUGCACGAAAUUGUGUGUGUGGACUCAUUAUUAUUAACGGAUCCUACAAUUGCUUAACAUCUGAGCCCAGAAAUAAUACCCAGUGCAGUGUAGUGACGUCAUAGCAUGUCAAGUGACAAUAUAGAGACCAAGCAAAGGUGACAAUAGUACAUGUCAGUGUUGUGUUGUGGAUAAUGAUCGUCUGGAGAACGAAAAACACUAGUCGGCGGAAAUAUUUGGACUGGACCAAAAUGGCAUCGGAUGUCGCGUCAAGUAUACCGCGGGCGACAUUCGUUUGGCUUAUUUUGGCUUUGGUUAAUACAAGGGCGCGUGCCGGAGACCUUUGGCCUGUAGACCGGCCAGAGGGCAUGCCAGUUAUCCAGUCCUUAGAAGUCAUGUGCGGGAAGGAUCACAUGGACGUACAUCUCACUUUCUCGCAUCCUUUUGAAGGAAUCGUGUCGUCUAAAGGGCAACACGGUGACCCCCGUUGCGUCUACGUGCCGCCAUCUACCGGGCAGACCUACUUCUCCUUUCGGAUCGCGUAUGCCAAAUGCGGUACUAAACCAGAUCUACAUGGGCAGUUUUACGAGAAUACAGUAGUUGUGCAAUACGACAAGGAUCUUUUAGAAGUGUGGGAUGAAGCCAAAAGAUUACGAUGCGAGUGGUUCAACGACUACGAGAAGACUGCUUCUAAACCUCCAAUGGUUAUCGCUGAUUUGGACGUCGUUCAGCUCGAUUUUAGAGGCGACAACGUAGACUGUUGGAUGGAGAUCCAAGCCGGCAAAGGGCCAUGGGCACCACCAGUUUCCGGCAUCGUUCCUCUUGGUUCCACCCUAACAUUGGUCGUCGCCAUCAAUGAUUAUAGAGGUGAAUUCGACAUGCGAGUCAAGUCCUGUGCAGCUUCAGAUGGCUCCGGACACGUAAUACAGCUGUCAGACGAAUAUGGCUGCGUGUUGCGCCCUAAGAUGAUAUCAAGAUUCCUCAAAGCAAAAGCAGCCGAUGAAAGAGCUACAGUCAUAACUUACGCAUUUUUCCAUGCGUUCAAGUUCCCUGACGCACUUAGUGUUCACAUCAGAUGCAAAGUUGAAAUUUGCAGACAUGGUUGCUUGGAUCAUUGUCAGCUUGCUGGUGUGUCACCUGCAAGACACGGCGCUUUGGACAGGAAAGAUGAUAGAACGCAUCAGGAUCAUAACGAUAUCAACGACUCCUCAGCCGACGACGGCGAUCUUCAACUAACUCAAGAAUCUCAACAUCUUCCCUUAGAAGAAGCAUUUGGCGACGAAGUCUCUGGGGAUGCAGUACCUGCGCCUGCUCCGUUGCCUCAAAGAGCUCCUGCGCCAGUUGUGGAACCUAAUACAGAUCACAUGAGCGCCGUUGAAGAACUAGUUGAAGCUCUAGCAAGGCCUUUCACUGACCGACCAUCUGACCUAGGGGAACGAGAGAGAUUCCCACACGGUCCUCGCAAGUUAUCUAACGAUGUCAAGCCAGAAGCCACGGGUUCGUUAGGAGACAAUAUCGUGCCCGCCAAACCACCGGGUCCUGCUGUUGCUGGCCCAAGGUCUCUUCGCAAGAGACGUACAGUACGAGAGGGGCGCUCCGCUGAUGUUGGUGUGUCAGGCAUCUACGAAGUUGUCUCCGAAGCUGACCUGGCGUUUGGACCUUCCAGGGAGUCUGUCACUGUAUUCAGCGGAAGAAUUCGGGAAGAGGUUGUGUACGGCAUCUGCAUGGGCGCAAUAUCGUUUGGCGCUCUGUUUGCGUCCGCAGCAGGUGCAGCGGCCGGCGCGGCCCUGGCCGCCGCCGUACUGCUGCAAAGGCUGCGCUCGCGCAUGGCCGCGCAUCCUCCUCCUACGCAAGUACCGCCAGCCAGCGCAUCUCACUCGCUCGCGGCAUGGAUGGCGCUAAGACUACUCGGGUCCCCCCCACACCCCCACCAUUCACGCGACGGCUGAUCCCACGACCGACCUCCUAAGACUGCUAGUUCUAUUGCGACUUUUGAAACUUACCCAUGUGUGAUGAAUGACAAUAACGCGUUUUUCUUGUCUUAGAUUAUUGUUUUCCUUUUACAGUUGUUUUUGUCGGUCUUAGAGUUAAUAUUUUAUCAGUGAGUGUGAUUUAAACUUGUUCUUUAAUUAAUAAUAAUA